AUGUCGAACCGUUAUUCGGUCUUCUCCAACCAGUCUGGUCUCAUGCCAGGGCCGAGACCGUCCUCUCAGCAUACCACGCAGGUCUCGACCACCACCUUGCUUAAUGCACUCCACUCGUUUUACUCGGCCGGCCAGCCCUACCAACUAGAUUCGAGUACGAGCUUAGUGGUCAAUACAUGGGUCACGGCCGCAACAACCUUGCCCGAUGGUCGCAAUGGCGCCACCAUCGACCGUGACUUGGCCAUUCGAGCUUGGGAACAUGCUCGCCGGCGGGCUGAGGAUGGCUGCAUCUUGCUUUGCUCACUUCACCAUUCCACCCCGUCUCUUCUGGAGCCGUUCCUGACAGCGGUUCCCGUCGCAACGCCGGAAACCGCGUUCACGGCACUAGCUGCCAUCCGACCAUUCCUUUCGGCGGUAACCUCGUUCAACCCAUCCUACUCACUCCACUCAGCUUUAGCAGCGACUUACUCGUUAACUUUACACGGCACGGUUCUGAGCUUCUCUUUGGCUUUGUCGACUUCUGGCAUCAAUGUCAGCAAAGGUCUCCUGCAUAUUGCUAACGAACCCGGUUACCGCGCAUUUGAUGUUUUCUACUACCUCCUCACCUCCGCCUCCACCCCCGCUGAGCGGGAAUUCUUGGAUCUAAAAGAGCUUUCCGCCUACACACUUUUGAACCGAUCCGGAACCUACGAUCCUCCUUCCUACCUCCCGACCGCCGACGAUGCCGCCGCCGCCGAAGAUCUCCGCGCCAAUCUCAAGGCGAUUGGCAUCAAAGGUGCCACUCAACGAAACCUGCUUUGCGUCCUCGCUGGCUUGCUCAAACUUGGUAAUGCUGCUGGAUUAAUGGUGGACCAGGAGGAGCUCGAGGAGGUUUGUGAGGACGUCGGUGGUCUGCUGGGAAUCGACCCCGAAGUUCUUCUUCACAGGUGCUCCACCGAUGAACGCGAAGUUCUGAUCGCGGGCGUCUACGAAGCUCUUGUGGACUGGAUUCUUGCCAAGGCCAAUGAGGCGAUCGCAGCGGAAGUUCAAAAUGCGCUGGAACAUGACUCUGCCUACAACGGUACCGGGGACUGGGCAAACGAGGACAACGUCAGCUUGGUCGUGGUUGAUGUGCCUCGCCCAGUCCUCGGAAAGGCCGUUGCAAUGCGAGGGGUCUUUGAUGAUGAGAUGGGUAUCAAUGCUGAGAUGAAAGAUGACGGCAUUCAGAUCCCUCCCAUCGGCCAGUCUGUCAUCAGCGAGAUGACAUCUGCCGUAUCUCAAGUAGAAGCCGAGCUUGGCAUUACCACCAGCGCCGCCUUCAAGGAGCGUGAGCAUGAGUUGGAUCGACGGAGGAGUGUCUUGGAGAAGGUUGCAACCGAAUUCGAAGCAGACUCCUUGGUUAGACAGCUGCUUUAUCCUGUCGAGGGCGAGGACAUCGUUCUCGGAAAUCAUGCUCGCUUUGACCUUUCUACCGUGUUAGGCAGUAGUCGUGUCUGGUACCACAUCUCCAUUCAUCCUACCGAUGAUCUACCAGCACAACUUGCGAACUCGAGUACAACUUGGUCUGCAGGUGCCGUUUCACGUCAAUUGCGAGACUGGCGCCUGCCAGAGUGGGCCAACCGACGCAUAAAGCAGCUCGACUUCACCGCUGAUUUCGAGAUCGACGAGUUUUACCAGCGCUAUGCACCGCUCGGUUGUGCGGAAGGCCAAGAUGGCGUUGAGAGCUGGAUCUUGGAAAGAGGUUGGAGCAACGGCGAGGCCGUCGUUGGCCACCAGCGCAUCUGGAUGAGAGAGGCUCCAUGGUGGGAAGCCGAAAGUAUGCUGGAUCGCAAACCAGAGGCGAAUCCGGCUAAUCCUUUUGGAUACGGUGCCUCCGUGUAUGAGCCUGGCUUCACCCCUGAUGGAAACCCAAUCACAGAGGCCAGCAAUCUGCUCGGAAGUCAGCAUGACCUCAUUCAUCCAGCGAUGGUUGCUCCAAGUACUAUGGGAGGUCCCAAGUCAGUUGCUCCUAGUAUGCUAAUGGCUGGUACUAACGGGGACUAUGGACUCGGACACAAGGGGGAUGAUAACAAGGCAGACAUUGCCUACUAUGACGAGUAUGGUCAGUACAUCGGCGAUGCCGAAUAUGCGGAUCCCCGUCACAUUGAGCAGAAGCAAGUCACUCCGGGUCGUCGAGCGUGGAUUGCCUUUGUCUGGGCCUUGACGUUCUGGAUGCCGUCUCCUCUCCUUAAGUAUGUGGGGCGGAUGAAGCGUCCAGAUAUCCGGCUUGCCUGGCGAGAAAAGAUUGUCCUGGUCUUCCUUAUAUUGCUGUUCAACGCCAUCGUUUGUUUUUACAUUAUGGCAUUUGGUGAUGUGCUCUGUCCUAAUAAAGACAAAGUAUGGAACAACAAGGAAGUCGGCUGGCAUGCAAACACCGAUACCGGCAACGACUAUUGGGUCAGUGUCCACGGCCGAGUCUACGAUCUUGACAAGUUUUGGAAACUGCAGCAUAGUGACUCGGAUAUCGAGACAAGUGCUUCAAACAUGGCACCGCUCGCUGGUUCUAACCUUGACGGUUACUUCUGGCCUCCCCUGCAUAUUUACUGCCCCGAGUUGGUGAAAAGCAACAUUGUCCAAAUGCAAAACAAUGACACUAGUGCCUAUGCUUACAAGUUAGCCAAUCACCAAAGUGGACCCGACUACAGCGGGACCAGUGCUAAACUCAAGCAAGAUUAUUGGUACAGCGAUACCUUCAUGCCAAAGAUGAAGAAUUACUACAAAGGUGAACUGGUCUGGAGCAAAGGCACCAUCUCCGAGCAAGCAAACGACUACUCGCGUUACUGGGUCAUCAAGGACCAGAAAGUCUGGGAUCUGACGGAUUACUUUUACACCGCCAAGCUUAUGGACGGCUAUAAAGACUAUGAUUUCUUUCCAUCCGCAGUCACCGCACUUUUCCAAGACAACCCGGGCACAGAUAUCACCAGCCAGUGGCAAGACUCGCCAGAUUUCAAUAAUGCUGAGAAAUGCCUCGACAUUGCUUUUUACAAGGGCAAGGUUGAUUUCCGCAACAGCCCUCGUUGUGUCGUGAACAACUGGCUCAUGCUUUCCUUCGCUAUUUUGAUCAGUGUUGUGGUCCUUGUCAAGUUCUUGGCUGCCUUGCAACUUGGAUCCAAACGCCGCCCCGCUCCUCAGGACAAGUUCGUCAUCUGCUUGGUCCCUGCUUACACCGAAGGCGAGGAUUCCUUGCGAAAGGGUUUGGACUCGCUCACUGCUCUUCAGUAUGACAACAAGCGUAAACUCAUCUUUGUCAUCUGUGACGGUAUGAUUGUUGGCGGUGGCAAUGACCGACCAACCCCCAAAAUCGUUCUUGACAUUCUCGGCGUGGACCCCAAGAUGGACCCUCCUGCACUCCCAUUCAAGUCUAUUGGCCAAGGCAGCGAACAGCUUAACUAUGCUAAGGUGUACUCCGGUCUGUACGAAUACGAAGGCAACGUUGUCCCAUACAUUGUUGUUGUCAAGGUCGGCAAGGAGUCCGAGCAAGGCAAGUCGAAGCCCGGUAAUCGUGGCAAGCGAGACUCCCAGGUCUUAUUGAUGCAUUUCUUGAACCGUGUCCAUCACCGAGCACCCAUGUCUCCUAUGGAGCUUGAGAUUUUCCACCAGAUAAACAACAUUAUUGGAGUGGACCCGGAACUCUACGAGUACUGUCUCAUGGUCGACGCCGAUACUAGUGUCAAGGAAGACUCGCUGAACCGCUUGGUGGCUGCUUGUGCGGCGGAUGCUAAAAUUGCUGGUAUAUGUGGUGAGACCAGUCUCCAGAAUGAAGAAAGGAGUUGGUGGACUAUGAUCCAGGUCUAUGAAUACUACAUUUCGCAUCACUUGUCCAAGGCUUUCGAGUCGCUGUUUGGCAGUGUGACAUGUCUUCCUGGUUGUUUCUGCAUGUAUCGUCUGAGAACCGCUGACAGGGGCCGACCUCUCAUCAUUUCCGAUGCAGUGGUUAAGGAGUAUGCUGAUAUCAACACUGACACUCUGCACAAGAAGAACCUGUUGUCACUGGGUGAGGAUCGAUUCUUGACAACGCUCAUGACCAAGCACUUCCCAUCUAUGCGAUACAAAUUCCUCCCCGAUGCGUACGCAAGCACUGCCGCACCAGAAACCUGGGGCGUGCCAGUCUCGCAGCGACGUCGUUGGAUUAACUCUACAAUCCACAAUUUGGUUGAACUCGCAGCUCUCAAGGACCUCUGUGGAUUCUGCUGUUUCAGUAUGCGUUUUGUCGUGAUUGUCGAUCUCCUGGGAACAGUUAUCCUUCCUGCUACAUGCGUUUACCUCGGCUACCUUAUCUACCGCGUGGCGAGCCACACUGGGCCUUUCCCUCUUAUUUCACUUGUCAUGUUGGCUGCCAUCUACGGUUUCCAGAUCAUCAUUUUCCUUCUCAAGCGCCAGUGGCAACACAUUGGAUGGAUGAUCAUCUACCUCAUGGCAUUCCCCAUCUAUUCUUUCAUUCUCCCCUUGUACUCGUUCUGGAAGCAGGAUGAUUUCAGUUGGGGUAACACUCGCAUUGUCCUCGAGGAGAAGAACGGCAAGCAAGUUAUCGCGGUCGCAGACCAAGGUUUCGAUCCCCGUAGCAUUCCCUUGCAACGUUGGGACGACUACGCCUUGGCCAACAAUCUUCCCGGUCGUCGCGGUGACAUUCAUUCGGAGAAGGCGUACGCUACGGGCCAUUACACGGAUGACCAGGCCAUGGAGAUGGACGAGAUGCAAUCUCAGUACUCGUCUGUCAGGCCUGCCUCGACUAUCCUUACCGGUUUCCCCGGCCGGGGACCAUACAUGCCGCCGCAGUCCCCUGCUCCGUUUGCUGGCGCCAACGUUCCAGGCAAUCGCAACUCGCACAUGUCUAGCUUGUCUCGCUACACUGACUACCCGCAGUUCGGCGGGCAUCCCGCUGCCAAUGCUUCGCGCAUGUCUGUCGGUAAUUUGAGUGCAGCAUAUCCGGAUCAACCCUUCCAUUCGAGCCGUCACAGCAUUGGCCUCAUGCCAAGUACUGAGAAUCUCCUUGGAAGUCGCUCUCGCAGUCCUCUCGCUCAGUAUCCCCCUAGACCAUCUAGCACCGCCUUUGACUUCAGUGCCAAUAGCCCUGGUCCGGACGAGCAUGCGAUCGCCGACGCUAUUCGCAGCUGCCUUGCAGAGGUGGACCUUGACACUGUCACCAAGAAGCAGGUCCGUGUCCUUGUCGAACAACGCCUGCAGACCUCACUGAUGGGUGAGAAACGACAGUUCUUGGACCGCCAGAUCGACCAUGAACUCGCGAACAUGUGA